ACGCACAAAUGAGAUGAUCGAAACAAGUUUCAACACAAUACGUCUUGCAUACACACACUGGUUCGCAAAAAAAGCAACAUCAUCAGAAGUCGAUGCUGACAUUCAUUUUGAGUGCAUAAAUCCAAAAUCGCAAUCCAUACCGAAUAAUAUUAUAAGAAUCAAAAGCUGUCCACAGAUUCUGCAGCAGCAAAUAUAGUCUUAGCACAAUGUUGUGGAAAAAGGAUACGAGCAAAAAUGAUGCAAUGUAUGUAGACAUCUUUGCAAAGCACGGAGGAAAAGCGUAUUUUGGCAAGAUUGUGUCUGUGGUUCGACAAGGAAAUCCGAGCUCAACAUUGAAAAAAAAUGAUGCGGUGUCACUGCAAAAGCGGAACAAGGGAAAUGAUUAUUUCAAACGAGGCGAAUGGAGUUUGGCAAUGGAAUUGUACGGCGAAAGUCUCUGCUACGCUACAAUCGGAUCGAAGAAUAUCAGUUUGGCGUAUGCGAAUCGAUCGACAUGUUUCCUCAAAUUGAAAUUGUACAAUGAGUGUCUUAUCGAUAUUGAGCUGGCCAAAGAAGCUGGCUAUCCAGCGGAGUUGAUGCCGAAGUUGGAUCGACGCAAAGACGAAUGCUUGAAAGCCAUCAAACAAGGUGCACAGCCCGUGAAUUUUAAAUCGAAGUUGAGCGUUGAACCUCACGAACAUUUUCCGUGCAUGGCAAACGUUCUGAAAAUUGGCCGAGAUGCUAAAGGUAAAGUGGCGCUCUUUGCCAAAGAGGAUAUCGACGUAGGUCAAACAAUCGUCUCAGAGAAAACGCUCAUCACCUAUUUAUACUGGCGGCCUGGAUGGAAAUGUAACAUUUGCCUCAAAGAGUGCACAAACCUGUUGUCGUGCAACAAGUGUACUGUGGCGAUGUUCUGCGGUGAAUGUCAAAGUAAUUCGCUACAUGAAUACGAGUGCGGUCUGCGAUUCAGCAACAAUGAUCUAAUGAACGGCACAACAAUGCGGAUCGUGCGAAGUUGUCUAUUGGCCAUCGAUAUGUUUGCGAGCGUUGAUGAGCUGAUGACCUUUGUGGAACAAGUCAUUUCAAGCGGUCGAAACCAAAUACCAUCGACGUUUUUGGGCGAGAAAUCACAGUACGAAGCAUUUUUGAAGCUUCCAAUGAAUCCGGCAAAUCAAUGUCCCGUAAAGUUUCUAUCAGUUUUGUCGAUCGCAUUUUCAGCACAGAAAAUGCUUAUGAGAAUUCCGAAAAUCAAUUCCAUGUUCCAGCGCCAGAAGUACCGUCGGUUUUUGAUGCAUUUAAUAGUCCAUCAUUAUCAGGUGAUGGAAAUAAACUCAGUAGUAUCAUGUAUUCGGGAUGAUGGUGAAUGUAUAGCGUUUGUGAGUCAAACCGGCCUGAUGAUUGGCUAUAUGAAGCACUCAAAUGCACCAAAUGUUACGGUAUCCAAAACUCCUGGCAACACGGUUGAUCUGAUCACUACUCGACCGGUGAAAAAAGGACAACAGAUAGCAGUCCGUUCACAUUUAGCUACUGACGCUUCUCGAACAUGAUCAACAUCAGUUGAAAAAAUCACCCAAUUUGCCAUUAUUGAUUACUUUACUUUUGCUUGCAAUUUUUUAGUUAUUUCUACAGCCUUUGAAACGAAACGUGAUCGCAACACAUAUAAUCUUUAGUAUCAAACUUGAUUUUGACAUCUUUAACUCACACUCCUUUUUCGAAUGAAUCGAAUUAUUUGAUUCCAUUAUUUUUGAUAUCAGCUGUUUCGGUUCGUCAAAUUCGGUUACGAAUUCAAUUCGUAUAUUCAUUUUAAUAAGAUACACCAUUCGAAAAAAGUGGGGCCCCUAACUCGGAACAAAGACGAUCGACAGCAGAUAUUAUUGCAGGAUAAAGAAAUGAUCUGCAAUUAUUACUCGACGCAAUGAUGAAGCAACGCAAAUAAUGAAAAACAAAUGCAAACGUUUCUUGCGGCGGUACGGGCAAUGUAAAUGGUGCAACUUUGAAAAGUUGUGGUGGUUUACUCAACGUUUUGUCUGUGCCUAUAGAACGCCGAAUCGACGACACCAAUAAAAAUGUACGCACAGAAACAUACUCCCCGAAUAAUUGAUUGUCCGUUCAAUUUCAUGCAAAAAGAAACAAAAUGACAACUAAAAUAUUCUCUUCCAUUAACAUAGAAAGUCUUGGAAACAAAAUCUAAACCGAAAAUAAUUUGAAUAAAUUAAAUUGUUCUUCUUUAUCACAAUAAAUUUCUUGUAUCCAGAAAAAA